AAAGAUGAAUGAAAAUGAUUCAAAAAUGAGCUUCAAUUUGUUAUUUCGAAUUUUAAACAUGUUUUAUCAUUUUGAAGAUUUUUUAUUUUUUUUUCUUACUCAAUCUUGAAAGAUUUGUAAAACCAUUUCCGCGUUAGUCAGAGUCGCGUGGAGAACUGAAUUUCCAGUUUGUGGAGUGCUAGGUGUUUAUUUGAUUUGUGUUUGGAAAAACGCCGGAGUGACUCGUCAAAUUUGUUCUGGAGUAACCCUGACUUUUAAAUUUCUGGUUUAGUCAUGGCGUCAGACGGUUCAGAGAUGCCCCCAGUCUCACCGGAGGACCAGAGAGACACAGAGGAGGGGGGUCCCGGUGACCCUGAGAGUGGCAAAGACAUACUGAAACCCUCAGCAGGUAAAUCAGACAUUUCAUGUUUAUACAUCAUUUUACGUUGUUUUAAGUUUUUUAAGUAAAAUACCCUGACUGUGGACUUGAUCUGGUAAGUGAUAGAAGACUCAUUUACAUUGGAGAAAUGCUUUAAAACCAUACAGAUACAUAUAUUACAUAUCUAUCAUAUCUCUCUCAUUUAACCCACUCUGAACACCCUUCCCCCAAAUGUGAGUCAUUUGAGGUGUGGUAAGAUCUUAGUUUUGUUAUCAUGUGGCUGAAGCCUCUUAUCUUAAGGUAGAUUAAUAAGAUAGUGGACUACUAUAUUUUCACUUCAUGCCUUACUCUUCUACUAGACAUGUUUCAGGAGCUAGGAAGUGAGUCAUAAUCCAUGAGUACUGAUUCUAAGCCUUCCAAAGACUUUUACUCCCACUCCCACCUGUGGGAGUUGGUUUCUAUCCAGAUUAACUUUAGGAGGAUUGUUAUUUCACCCAAUUACUUCCAGUAACUUGAAUAGAGAUCCGAUGUCUGGAAGCAUUUGGAAGAUUCACUCAUUUUCUCUGAUGUCCCAAACUACCUGAGCCACUCGGUGCUCUCGCAGAGGGAAGGGGGAUGUUACAGCAAAUAAUUAAACAGUCUGGACCAUGAGUCAUAUCCAGUUCUGCUGUCUAGAAAUAGCAUUACGGGGUGUGUGGUAUGUGUUUGAGUUUACAGGCAACCACAUCACAUCUUACUUGGCUGACAUUUGAGCCUCUGGAACAAGUCAUUGCCACCUGCUACAGGAUUCACACUCUCAGGAAGUGUAUCAGAGAGGAAAUCAAGUGUUAAAUCUGUGUUUCCAAGAGUCAGCGUUCUCUUAGGGAUAAACCACCAAUAUAUUCAGACUUGCUUAACAGGAGAAUCACAAAAAAUAUUUAAAAAUAUUUCAACCUAUGACCCUCUGCCAGAUGCAUCUCACUCUAUUCUCUGUCUUUUUCUUAAAUAAGACAUAAAAGCAAGAUCAAUCUCUAAAAAGUAAAUUUGGAAGGAGAUCAUGUCAGACAUUUUUCAUGGACCCUGAACUCUUUGACCACAAAGUGACCACAAGCAAAUCAGAGCAGAAUAAGGGUUGUGGGCAACACAAAUGUGAAAUCAGGUGUAAUCACCUCAAUCUGAAGCUAUUGCUCUGUGACUUUGAUAUCAUGUUAAUUCAGAUGCGUACCUUUUAUUUAAAAGGAUAAACUACAUGUUACAUUAAACUCUAAUUACAUGUCUGUCUUUCUAACUUUGGGUCGCCAGCUCCUGUUUUUAUUGAGUCUCAAGGUCUUUGCAUUAUAUAUGGGUUUAGAGGAUGGUCCAUGUUUUACAAUUUACAAUUAAAGCUUGAUUGAUUGAUUUCUCUUUGCCUCUUUUACUGACAGAGUCAACAGGACAGGUGGAGAAGGAAAUCAACGUGUGCGCGUUUUUCCUGAGGGGGAGAUGUCACUUUGGACAGAGAUGUCGUUUGUCUCACAGGUCUGCUCACUACAGUUAUCAGCUCCAAGAUAGAGAAUAACUGCCAUAAUUUGAUAAGAGUAAAAACAGCAUCAAACGAGUAUGUAAUUAAGUGUUAAAAGAUGUCAGAGGUGACCUUUUUAAUGUUAGAGGAUACUUUCCAUGUGAAAGUGACGGUUUUAGCCACAGUCACUCUUUAUUCAUGUAGACAUGAGAGUGUUGUUUUAAUAUAGAUUUGAAAAAAUUGACAUAUUACCCUGAUAUUACUAAACUCUACCUGGAUAUAAAGAAUUCUUAAAAAGCAUCCUAUGUUACUUCAUUUUUUUUCCUUUUCAUUUAGCUAAAAUACUUCGAAUGCUGUGUGCUGUUUCAGUCCAGCUAUAAACACUAAAUCAUUUCCUUGACAUCUAGUUCCUAUUACUCUGCUCUUGUGGUUAGAACGUAUCUAUAAGGAAUUUGAGAAAUGCAGUCUGUUUUUUCGUUGGAAUUUCUGAUUAAUUUCACUCACUGUUCAUACUGUUAACCAAAUGGGCAGGGAUAUUAAGCCAUGACUAAAUAUGAGUAAUAUUUUUGUUUCAGUGUUUUUUUAAAAUCUAUAUUUAAACAUGGUACUGCUUUUGUUGCCCUCUCUUCUCAGUGAACCUUCAGUAGAUGACUCAGGCGCUGCAUCUCCUGACCAGGAUGACAAACCAAAUCUAGAGAAGGAUGAAAAACCCAUGAAGAAAGUGAACAAACAAAAACAGCCAAAAUAUGAUGCAAAAGGUCACACCAUCUGUAGCUGGUUUCCUAUAUCAUGUGCUGAUGACAUCACAUUCUCAAGAGGUCAAUGAGACCUUAUUUUACUAUGACUCACUUUUUCCCCCCAUUAAUCCGUCCAAACAUUUUUUUCCUUAUUAUCCCCACGCAGAAGUGAACAAAAAGCCCCGCAUGCGCACAGCAGAUGAUGUUAUCUCCCGCAUCCUGUGGGACCCCUUGGUGGACUCAUCAGAAUUUGUGGUGGGCUACGUUGAUCGCUUCCUGGGAGUGCUCGAGCGUCCCUUUGAUGACUUCAACUGGGACACCAACCCUUGUGACUGUGAUUACACCACUGAGCUGGCUCUCCCCAGACACAGGAUCCAGUACUUCACUUACAGAGGGCACCGCGUGUGGGACCGCCACACCAGGACAGACAGGGUGUUUGGAUCUACUGGUCAAUCUCUGGCUCCCCCCUUUGGAGGGGAGGGGGAAGUAAAGGGUAAGAAAGGAUCUGUGAUAGCUCACAUAUAGAAAUUUUACAAAAAAAAAGCACAUGUUUUAGAGUUAACUCUGACCAAACAUGAUCAAUUGUUUUACAAGAAAUAAACAUGGAAGACCAGGAAAACCAGCAAGAGUGCUUUGAAACACCAGAGGAUCAGCCACCUGCUGUCUGUAGGCAGGAAGAGAGGGAAACAGAUGAGUGUAUUCAUACCCAGGACACACAUCUGGAUGAGGAGAAGCAGAGGGAGAUGAAUAUUCACACCCCUGACUCAACAGCAGCGGCACCACAGUGCGGAAGAGACACUUCUCAGGAACAACAGGAAGCACAAGGAGCAUGUGUUACCGAGGAGGCUGAUAAAAGGUCUGCUGUUCAUCUUCAUACAUUUAUUUAAACUGAAAGACAACAACACCUGAUAGAACAAAUAUCAUUUUAAUACCUUCAUGUUCCUCACACCAUCUGCUCAGAAGAAACAUAAACUUCACUUUACACUCAGAGAAGGAGGACAGCACAUUGGUUUAUGAAGUGACAACAAACUUACUGACCGGAAAAUAAUCCACUAAAAGUUUAAAGUUAAAGUAUAAAUGCAACCUCAUUUCUGUCUCCAUAUUUUCUUUUCAAAAUAAAAGCUUUACUCUCAGUUUGUGAGGGACCGAGCAAUCAGGCAAAGGACAAAGGUGUGGAAAAAGAUCUUGUUCCUUUAUUUACUUGGAAAAAUAGAUCAAAUCACAACAAAUGUUCAACUUAAUUUGGUAGAGCAAAAAAAGAAACAAAACCUGGGCCCAUUCUAAAAGAGGUCAACUCAGCAAAAACAACUAAUCCUACCACCUAACAUAAUCAAACAGACCUAACUAAAGUGAGACCUGCUGGGGGUUUAAAUAGACAAAGGACUAGUCCAACAGAAACACAAGGGGGAAACUAAAUGUGACUCCAAACUAAACAUUUAACAAACUCAGAAAAAUAGCUUCAAAUCAUCAAAACAAACUAUUUACAGAAUAAACUAAAUUGCCUUUACAAACUGAAAAGAACACAAACAGAAGAUUGGAGAUGAAAUAAAAGUCCAUGCUGCCCCUGUGUUCCCCCUUCAUGGUCUCUCCCACUUCCUGUGGGCAGGGCUUAAAAGGCCAUCUUUGAUCAGCAGACAGCCCUUUGCCAGGAAACUCAAACAAAAGAAAACAGGAGUAAGUAUAACUUGAGAUUACAGCAUGAUGUGGAAAAUCAACCAUGUGACAGUUUGUUAACUAAAUUGUGUGCACCCAAAUUAGAAAACAACUGCCAUACAUGUAAUUAAAGUGAUUUUAUUUCAACAGAAAGGUGUGUAAUGUGCUCUUUUUAAACUACAAACAAAACUGGUGUUAAAACCCAAAGAAAAAGAAAUACUAACACGAGGUAGUGGCAGUUUAGGCCACCACAAUGGUCAUGAGCUGGAUUUGAGGGUUGGGACAGCUUAUCAGUGCACCCCUACUCUCUGAGAAGAAAAAGUUAAGAUGUGCAUAUUUAUGAUAUUAACACAUUAACUGGCACACCGCAACACACAUCACAAUAUAUGUGGUCAACUUUUCAAAUGAACUCUGCAUCUUACAAAAAAAGAUCUGUACUGUAAAUUUAUGUAGCUGUUUGCAGCUGAACUUAUAAAGCACUCUUUCUCGAUGCUCAUUCACCUCUUUAACGAUUUACCCCACUUGAUGUCAUUUCAGACUGAGGCCUUCAGCAGACCAGAUGUCUUCAUCAUGUCAGAAAGAAGAGGACGGUAUAAAAGAGGAGACUGCGGAGGACACUCCGGCUGGGUGGCAAGAGAGCUGGGAAGGGAAUGCAGAUACUUUGGUUGGUACUGCCCCUCACUCUUUCAUACAUCCUUCUGCUUAUUACAGCACAUGUUUGACACAGUGACCUUUGUCUGACACAGAGUCAUCUAGCAUCCCUGAACAUCACCCAGAAUCCAUCAGCACCUCUAGAGCAGAGGGAGGAGAAACGAGGUGGUCGACCCCCUAAAAAACGACCCACACACUUCAUCACCUUUAGAGCCAACACUCCUGCUGUCCUCUCCUGUUUCCAGCAGCUGCAGGAGGAGGUCACCUCCCUCCUCCCCGCCUCUGCCCCUCACUGGAUGACUGCCUCCAGCCUCCAUGUCACCAUGUGCCUCCUGGUGCUGCCGGGCCCUGCUGAGGUAGCUACCGCCAAGGAGAUCCUCCGACAGUUUGCCCAUUUGGAUCGAAACCCUCCUGUGGCUUUGACCUUUCCCGUGAAGCUGAAGCAUUUCAACGGGAAGGUGCUGUACCUGAGCCCCCAGCCUCAGCUCCACCUCCAGCAGCUCAACAACGGCCUGCAGGAGGCCUACAGGAAAGAGGGUUUGCUCCACAGGGACUCCUACAAUCCGCGCUACCACCUCACGCUGGCUAAGGUAGAGGACAAGGAGGGGGAGAGAAUAUUUGAAGGGAUUUGGGACCUCAAGGCGGGGAAGGGGUUAAACUUUGGUCGUCUGCCUGUGAACACCUUAUACCUUUGUUCCAUGGGUGUCUCCGAAGUAGAUGGUUUUUAUGACACUGUGUGCACGGUAACUCUCAGAUGAUACAAGAGCUACUUUUUACGUGUACACACAGCAUACAUGUGCGCUGAUACUUGAGAUAUUUGAGUAAGUGCAAUACUGACGUUUGCAGGGUUCAUGUGGCCUUACAAACCAAAUCUGAAACGGUGGAAGUUGAUAAAUUAUUAUUGAAUUGUUUCCAUUACGAAUUGUUAGAUGCACUUUUAAGAAGUUGGGUGGGACAUUUAAAAAGGAGGGCCUGAGGAGAGUCAAAUAACUUUAUGCAGGGCUGCACAAUUGCGUACGCACAAUGUCAGGUUAAACUUUGUCUACAUGCAAACAUUACUCUCGUACAACCACUAAAAUCUUAUGAGAGGUUUAAUGAAAAUGAAUGUUUCUGUCUUGAUGAAUGAAUUUAAAUCGAACAUGGAUGUAAGUUUUGAGUCACUUACAUUUCUACUUAAAGAAAUGAAGUUUAAAUGUUAGGUUAAAGCUGCUACACUACAUCCAUGACUUAGUGCAGGUGUAAACGGCUGAAAAGAAGAAUGUCAAUCAAAUAUAACUCAAUGUAGACUUAAAACAGACAAAGGCAUGUCCAUUAAGUUACGUUUACAGAAAAUGUGAGUUUGUUUACAGUUGUUUCUACUAUCUCUAACAUUUUUUGUAGACUAAAGUCAAAUGAUCUCAACACAUAUAUUCAAAACAGAUAAAUCUUAUCCCAAUAAAACACUAGAUGCUGCAUGAGUCAAACUGGAAACUGUCGACUAAAUCACAAACUACAGUGCCGUUAGUUUUAAAGGCCUUAUCAGCCGCUUUCCUGCCUAUAAAAGUGAGUGAAAAUGCAGAUUUGAGAACUUAUUUUCCUGAAAUAUAAAAUGCCUUCAGCAGAAAAGAAAAUACUUGAUAAUCUGGAUCGUGAGGCCAUCCUUUGUGCACAGGCUCGGCUUCAUUCAUGCUUCACUCUGAUUUACAGCUACACAGACACCACAGAUGCACCUGCCAUAAAGACUCAUGUAGCGAACAUGAAUUGUUUACAAGAGGAGAUCAUAUUUUCUAACUGACUACAAAUGAACCUGAAUGGAUGUAAUCUGCAGCUCUUAAAUCCACCUUUAUACUUCCCCGUUUUCUAUGAAUACUGUAUGGAGCACUCUUAAAAGCACCUUUGUAUUCGUCUACAGUGUAAGAUAACUACUAUAUUGUAGAAGAUAUUAAAUAUUGAAUUGGCUGUUGGAAUCCUGUGUGUUGUGAUGUUAUUCUCAUAGCAGUGAUGGACGGCCUGGAUGCGGUGCUGUUGCUGUUGUCUCCCAUUCAAACAGACAGAGAGAGGCUGCGUGUAUGCUCCCUGAGCAGCUCUUGCAUACAUAACAUAAUAUUCUGUCAUCUUGGCCUUCUUCUCCACAGAUACAUCCACUAUACAUAGUCUGUAUUAGUCAGUGAGUAUGCUCUCUGGCUCUCUACCGUUUGCUCCCUCACUCGCAUUAUCUCCCAGCCUCCCUUCCCCCACACUCUCUCAGUGACACAGAAAAACUAACGCCGCCCCCUCCCUCUCUGCUCACUCACUUGCUUCUGCCCCCCUUUCUCUACUGGCAGACAAACACCAUACUCUUUUUAUUCCCUUUUCUGCCAUUACAGCUCAAAUCUGCAGAAAAAAAAUCACGCUUGGAGCAUCUCAGUCAGCGCCCUCUCAUCACUUUUGCAGCAUGUCUCCUCAGCCUCCUGGUCCCUGAAUCAGUGCUGAUGCUUUUCUGCGGUUGCCGCUGAAAACCGCUUUUGCCUUAAAAAAAAAAAUCCAUUGCAUGCCGCUUUCCCCCUUCUCUAUUCAUUGUUCACUCCAUCUCACUCCCCCUCCCUUUUUUCUCAGCAUCCCUCCAUGGGAACCCACUUUUUUUUUCCUCCUUAAUGCUGCUUCUCCCUGCAUCUCCCACUCCUCUUAAUUAUCUAUGUGUGUUGAUUCUGGCGGUAUGUUAUCUCUUACAUAUAUUAGUUUCAAACACAUCCCCACCUGGCUGUGCUGUUACAACAGGAGUUAAAUAAUUCCCAUCCAUCAUAUGAAUGGAUUUCUAAUCAGACCUCUUUGCACAAUUAUUUAGCACACACACUUGGCUGGCAGGUCCGCAUUUUUUUUUUUUUACCCCUUCUCACAGUAAUCUGGUCAAGGUUCAGGCUGAAAGUCUGGGCACAGAUUGGUCAGGUUGAUGGGAGUGUGAGUGUGAGUGUGGAUGUUGGUGGGGGUUGUC